UGUGCUCUCUAUCUCUCUUUCAGUGAUUUCUUCAUACCACAAAAUGUGCAUUUGUACAUGCCUAAAAAUUUAUUGAGCAGUAGUUAUUGGUAGUGCUGCAAUGGCGGACAUCGUGAACAAUGAUAACCGUACCAAAAAUCCACUGGCAUCGCAUAACAAUUCACCAGUGAAAUCAAUUGUUGACGGCAAUCAGCAGUGUAAUGAACGAGCAAUUCGAGCAAUUCAAUCAAAUAAAAAUUCAACCGUGGAAAAUAAUACCAGCUAUAAUACGACUACAACGACAACAACAACAACAAAAGUGAAUCCAAAUCAAAACAUAUCAUCUUUACCAGCAUCGACAAAAACAUCACCAAGCACAAAAACAAAGCAAAUGUCCAAUACGACUGUGAAUACGACUGGUCCCAGAGUUGUCACCAUUGUUAAAACCGAAACAGGAUUUGGUUUUAAUGUAAGAGGUCAAAUAUCCGAAGGUGGACAAUUGCGCUCAAUCAAUGGCCAAUUGUAUGCACCUUUACAACAUGUAUCGGCCUGUUUGGAUAAUGGGGCUGCCGAAAAAGCUGGCAUAAAGAAAGGCGAUCGAAUUUUAGAAGUAAACCAUGUAAAUGUCGAGGGAGCAACUCACAAACAAGUUGUUGACCUGAUCAAAUCCGGUGGAGAUUGCCUUACACUAACGGUUAUAUCAGUAACCCAACAGGAAGCCGAAAAAUUGGAGCCACAAGAUGAACCCGGAUAUUCAUACAUCGAUUACUCAGAGAAGCGUUCACUACCUAUUAGCAUACCGGACUACAAUACGGUCAAUCGAAACGGUGAACGAUACAUUACAUUUAAUAUUCAUAUGGCCGGUAGACAAUUGUGUUCGCGACGUUAUAGAGAAUUUGCAAAUUUGCAUGCAGCGCUCAAAAAAGAGUUUACGGGCUUUAAUUUUCCAAAAUUGCCCGGCAAAUGGCCAUUUCAAUUAAGCGAACAACAAUUGGAUGCACGUCGACGUGGACUCGAACAAUAUUUGGAAAAAGUGUGUGCGGUGCGCGUUAUUGCCGAAAGUGAUAAUAUGCAAGAGUUUUUAACCGAUUCGGAGGAUGAUUUGGCAUCAUCGCCGGUUGACAUUAAAAUCAUGUUACCCGACCAUGAGGUAGUCACUGUCAGCGUACGUAAAUCGGCAAAUGCACAACAAGUCUGGGACUUAUUGGUGCAACGCGCCAAACUUACAUCAUACACCCAACAAUAUUUCUAUCUCUUUGAAAUUGUAGAAUAUAAUUUUGAACGAAAACUUCAACCGAACGAAAUUCCACAUCAGUUAUACGUUCAAAAUUAUAGUACUGCAUCGAGUACAUGUUUAUGUGUACGACGAUGGCUGUUUUCAAUUGAUCGCGAAACAACGUUACCACAAGGCGAACAAGCGGCAAAAUUCAUAUUUUAUCAGGCCGUUGAAGAAGUCAAUCGGAAUAAUAUUCGAGCUGAGGGCCGUCUAUAUGAACUGAAAGCACUACAAGAUGCGAAAAAAGCAUCCGAAUACUUGGCAUUGGCUCGCACAUUGCCUGGCUAUGGUGAUGUCGUCUUUCCACAUUGUGCAUGUGAUAGUCGUAAAGAAGGCCAUGUUAUACCAGCCAUAGGGAUGACCAGUUUUCGAUUGAUAGCAUGCCGUGAGGAUGGCUCUCUGGAGUCACAAACAGUCGACCUAAUGUGGAAUACAAUUUUACGAUGGGAGAGCGACGAAGAGUCCAUGGCAUUUUGUUUUGAAUACAGUCGCAAUGAAAAACCACCACGAUGGGUCAAAGUCUAUACGCCAUAUCACUCUUACUUAGCUGACUGUUUUGAUAGAAUAGUUGAGGAACGUAAAUGGAACGAUUGCGGCGAUUAAAGAGCAUUUUCGAAAAUCAAUAAUCGAUAUUUAUCAUGAACGGAAGAAAUUCAAUUCGCAAAGCUGACUUUAAAAUUGUGUUAGUAAUAUAUAUAUACAUUUUGCUUAAAACAAAUUACAACGUAUUUAUUUAAGUAAAAUACAACCAAUAACGAUAUUACAAAUGUUACUGAAGUAAUUUGACAGAGAAAUUUUUUUGAAUUAAACAUUUUAUUGUUUGAAAGAAGAAAUAACCCAUAUUUGACUUAAAGUUAGCGGAAGAUGUUUAGUGUUUAUUGUAAAUUUCUAUUGGAAAAAAAGAGAGAAGAAUAUUGACGAAAAAAGAAAAUUGUUAAAAAAAAAAAUAAUGAAAUUGGCCUGAGGUCAGAUUAGAUCUGCUUUAAUUGAUUAUUUUGACAUUUUGAAACUCAUUUUGUAAUGCACUGUAAUUGUGAUUUAUUAUUUUAAUUAUUAUGUUUUUUCGAUCAAAAAUCUUUCAUUACUUCAAUUUUGUAAAUUCAUCUCCAUUGAAAGCAGAGAGGUUAUGUAAAAUAUAUGUACAAGUGGGUGUCAUUGGAAACGAAAAACGAUAUAAAAAAAAUUUAUAUAUACAUGCCAUAACGAUUGAAAAUAAUAUGUAAUGCAUGCAACCACAAAAAAUUUGACGAUUUUCUGUAGAAAAAGAACAAACAAUAUUUAUAGAUGAUUCUCUCUAUUUCCGAAGUACAAUGUAAAUAUAUUGUUUUGUUGAGUUGAA